UCCCCGGAGCGCAAGUGGAUGGGGCUUGUUGUCUUGACAACUCAGGAGCGUUUGUCCACACAACUGAGCUCCGACUUUGCCGACUACGGAGGUCGUGCUUGCUUCUCAUGGGUCCCAAAGCAAAAAAGUCUGGCGGUAAGAAAAAGAAAAUCACCAAAGCUGAGCGAUUAAAGCAGCUACAAGAGGAAGAGGAGAGAAGACUGAAAGAGGAAGAGGAAGCCCGUUUGAAAUAUGAGAAAGAAGAAUUGGAAAGACUUGAAAUACAGCGAAUUAAGCAAGAAAAAUGGCGUGAACUUGAAAAAAAGGAUCUAGAAAGAAGAAAUGAAGAACUUGAAGAACUUUAUUUAUUAGAGGGUUGUUUUCCUGAAGCAGAGAAAUUGAAACGAGAUACUAGAUUGCUUUCUCAGUGGAAACAUUACAUUCAAUGUGAUGGGAGUCCUGAUCCUUCCAUAGCCCAAGAAAUGAAUACUUUCAUUAGCUUAUGGAAAGAGGAAACAAAUCAGACUUUUGAGGAAGUGAUUAAGAAGAGUAAACUAGUACUAAAUUUAAUUGGGAAAUUGAAGUUAAUUUUAUUGGAAACUCCACCAUGUGAUUUGCAAACUAAAAAUAUAGUACAGUACCAAGAAUCAAUUGUACAACUGCAAGAACUCCUCCACCUUAAAUUUAAUGUAGCCACAGAAAUACUUCUCAGACAAGCUAGUACUUUAGCAGAUCUGGACAGCGGAAAUAUGGAAAAAAUCAUUCAAGAUGAAAAUGUCACUCUGUAUGUAUGGGCAAACCUCAAGAAGAAUCCAAGGUACAGAAGUAUCAGAUUCUCUGAAACAGAAAUUGGAUUUGAAAUUCCAAGGAUAUUAGCAACAAGUGACAUUGCUCUACGACUCCUACAUACUCACUAUGAUCAUGUUUCUCCUUUGCAACCUGUUCCAACACCAUCAAAAGAAGAACAUGCUGCCACAAUAAAUGAGUUUUUCAAAGAUGAACUUAAGAAUGUAGAAAAAGCAGUCAGCAAAGAGGACCAUAAAGAGUCUGAACCACAAGAAAGUGGGUCUAAGUUAAUUUAUGAGGAAGACAUAAAAGCUGAGGAACAAGGUGAUAUUGAAGUACAAAUGAUUUCUGCUGAGGAAGAAUCUGAAGCCAUAAAAGGUGAACUGGAGAUGAAAUUAUUCAGUGAAACAGUUUCAGCAGCACACUUGUUGCUGCUAGAGAAUGCUCCUGAAAAGCCAGAUCUCUUUGAAGACAAUGAGGUGGAUUUAUGCCAAUUCACAACUCUGGGUGGAGUGUACCACUUGGAUAUUUUGGAGCUUCCCCCACAGUGUAAACCAGUGAAGGGCUGGAUGAUUGUGGAAAUACUCAAAGAAGGAUUACAGAAAUACAAGUAUCCUCCAGAAACUGCAGAGGAGUAUGAUCCAGAAAAUGUUUUCCCACCUAUAGAGGUCAUGCUUAAGGUUCAUGAGAAUGUAAUCUUCUUUGAGGAUCCUAUGGUUGUGAGGUGGGAUGCUGAAGGUAAACAUUGGAGAACUGAUGGCAUCAGUAAUGUAUCUUACAACCAAGAAGAAAGGCUUAUAAAAUUCUGCCUGGAAACCUUUGGCCCUGUUACCUUGAUUCAAGAUACUCAUAUUAACAUGCCAUACCAGUCAUGGGAAUUGAAACCACUUGAUGUAAAUAAUGUACUUUUGACUGUGACUACAGUAUUUGCUGAGAUUCAGAUACAAAUUAAGGAAAACCUCUGCAUGUUAUCUUCAAUCAAACUAAAAGACAAAAAAGAAUAUUCCUCUAUUUUGGAAGGAAAAUGGAUGACUCCUUUUUCUUUCAUUAUUGCUUUGAAAGAAGCUGGACUGAAUAUCUUCCCUAGUGUACACUCUCAUUUUUAUGUUGUCAUAAACAAUAAGGUUCCUUUGGUAGAAAUGAAAGCUUAUCGACAAAUGGCCCUACUAAGUUCUGCUUUUGCAUUUGGUUGGAGCAAGUGGAACCUACAAUGUAAUUCUACAAAAGUUGUAUUUAAGGUGAAGGAACACCUUGCUGAAGAAUGUACUGAGAAUCCUAAUUGGGACCUUAUAAUGUUUACUGGUGACAGAGCACAAACACUUAAAAUCAAUGAAGAGAGUGAAGCAUUCUCUGAAGCACUUAAAGAAGAAACUGAGUUUCACUCUUCUUUAUAUCACAUGGUUAAGGAUUUUGCUUCUAGAGAAGCAAUGGAGAAAACCCGGAGUUCCAACUGUCAGUUUCUUGAUGCUGUAUGUCAAAUGCUACUUUCUACGAGAUUGCUCAGUUACUCUUAGUCUCCACAUAGAAAUUUUAAUCAGUAUGAAGAAUCAAGCAUGUUGGAAAAAAAUCAGGUAUUUCAAUACAGUAUAAUGAGCGAAUAUAUUUUAGAUAGGCUAUUAAAGUUGUCUAAUCAGCA